AUGGAUGAUCCACCGAGAGAGGAGUCUCCUCCACACGCUCUGAAGCGAAAUUCUAGUGAUAUCGGAUGGGAUUAUGGAGUUAUGUGUGAUCCUACAAAUCAAGACAGGCUUCGAUGUUUGCUAUGUGGGAAAGAAGUAACUGGUGGUGUCUUCAGACUGAAGGAGCACAUAGCUCAUGUGAAAGGGAAUGUUGCUUCUUGUCGACUGUCAAACAAAGAGGAUAAAGAGAAGUGUUUGAAAGUUCUUUUAGAAGUCAAAAGCAAGAAGAUUCAGAAGAGAAAGAAUGAUGCAGCUUUGAGGGCACAAGUUAAUAUUAACAAGGACAGUGUCGUUGAGGAGGAGCUUGGUCAGCGUAAAGGUCCUCACUUCCAAGGUCCGAUGGACAACUUUGCUACAACUAUUAACCCUCAAGCAACUUCUGCUGGUCAGAAACGUCAACAGAGUCUCCAUGAUGCGAUUUCAAAGGAAAAAACAAAUCAGGUGCAUCAGUAUUGUGCUCGCUGGAUCUACAACUCAAGCAUCGCUUUCAAUGCCAUUGACAAUGACGACUUCAGGCUGUUUUGCGAAGCUUUAGGACAGUUUGGUCCUAAUUGGCAGCCUCCAAGUCAGCAUCAGCUUUGGGAACGACUUCUUAUUGAGGAGAAACAAAGGACAAAGGAAAAGCUGAAAGACUUAGAGGAAGAAUGGGAGCAGGAAGGAUGCUCUGUGAUGACUGAUGCAUGGACUGAUAUGAGAAGAAGAAGCAUCUUUAAUCAUUGUGUCAACUCAAGAUCAGGUACAUGUUUUCUUAGUUCACAAGAUUGUUCUAAGGAGUCUCACACAGGUCAGUACAUCUUCGAGUAUAUAGAUAAGUGCAUCGAAGAAGUAGGUCCUCUGAAGGUUGUCCAAGUGGUGACUGAUAAUGCAACCAAUAAUGUGGCGGCUUCAAAAUUGCUUAAGGAGAAGAGGCCGAAUAUCUUCUGGUCUGGAUGCGCUGCUCACACCAUUGAUCUGAUGCUUGAAGGAAUUUCAAAGCUGGAUGGGAUUGCUAAAAUAAUAGACCAAGCCAAAUCUCUCACAAUCUUCAUCUACGCUCAUCAUAGAACCUUGGACAUGAUGAGAUCACAUACAAAGAAGGCUGACAUUGUGCGACCAGGAGCAACAAGGUUUGCAACUUGCUUCUUGACUAUGCAAAGUCUCUAUGAAAAGAAGGGAAUGCUGAAGAAUAUGUUUGGCAGUGAGGAGUGGCUUAAGUGUGUUCUUUCUAAGAGUGUCAAGGGCAAAACUUCAUAUGAAACGGUUGUGAGCAUCGGAUUUUGGAGCAGCAUGGCACUUGUCCUGAAAAUCUUCAGUCCAUUGGUGAAGGUUCUCAGACUCGCAGAUGGAGAGAAGAUACCCUCACUUGGGUUUAUCUAUGGUGAGAUCUUAGUAGCUAAGAACUCGAUCAAGGAAGCUACGGAUCAGAUAGAGAGGAACUAUGAACCAAUCAUCAAGAUUAUUGACAGAAAAUGA